AAAGAAAAUGGACUACCAAAUGGUGGGAUUGACUGCUCUUACUAGUUUGCUAUGGAUUACGUGGGCAAUAGUGAUACUGAUAACCCAGCGUCGCCGCCGUCACCUAAAGGAGAAAAGGCCAUUGCCACCAGGGCCUAGACGGUGGCCGGUGGUAGGUAACAUCUUUCAACUCGGUCAUCGGUCUCCACACGAGUCAUUUACCGAGUUGGCUCUCACCCAUGGUCCAAUCAUGACACUCUGGCUCGGCUCCAUGUGCACCAUUGUCGUUUCAUCAGACAAGAUGGCACGUGAAAUGUUCAAGAACCACGAUGCGGUUCUCGCCGGAAGGAAAAUCUAUGAGGCGAUGAAAGGAAAUCAUGGACAUGAUGGAUCCAUGAUCACAUCACAAUACGGACCACAUUGGCGUAUGCUUCGCCGGCUAGCCACCACUGAGUUCUUUGUAACCAGUCGGCUAGACGCUAUGCGUACUGUUCGAUGUAGAUGCAUAGAUGAGUUGAUUAAGUUUAUAGAAGAAGCAUGUGGAAAUGGAAAAAAUGCCGUUGAUGUUGGAAGAUUCUUUUUCUUGAUGGCUUUUAACCUAAUAGGGAAUUUAAUGUUUUCUAAAGAUUUAUUGGACCCAAAAUCAGAAACAGGGGCUACGUUCUUUUACCAUGCAGGAAAAGUUAUGGAGAUGGCUGGGAAGCCGAAUAUAGCAGAUUUUUUUCCAUUUUUUAGAUGGCUUGACCCACAAGGUAUAAGGAGGAAUACACAGUUUCAUGUGGAAAAGGCUUUUGAAAUCGCAGGAGGGUUUAUUGAGGAAAGAAUGGAGAGUAUAAAGAAAGAAAACAGUAAGGAAGACAAGAAGAAAGAUUUUCUAGAUGUGCUUUUGGAGUUUCGUGGUGAUGGUGUGGAAGAGCCGUCUAGGUUUUCCUCUAGAAUCAUUAAUGUUAUUGUCUUCGAGAUGUUCACAGCAGGAACAGACACCACAACAAGCACUUUAGAAUGGGCAAUGGCAGAGCUACUACAUAAUCCAGAAACAUUAAAGAAAGUUCAAGAAGAGCUAAGAAGCAAAAUAAGCGCUAGCAAGAAGCUAGAGGAGAAAGACAUUGAGAAUCUUCCUUACUUAAAGGCAGUGAUUAAGGAAACACUACGGCUUCAUCCACCUCUUCCUUUCCUAGUCCCUCACAAGGCUAUGGACUCAUGCAAAAUGUUGGGUUACCAUAUCCCUAAAGAAACCCAAAUUCUAGUAAAUGUUUGGGCUAUAGGAAGAGACCCAAAAAUAUGGAAUGAUCCCUUAAAGUUUAGGCCAGAGAGAUUCUUCGAGCCUAACAUGGUGGAUUACAGGGGUCAUAAUUUUGAGUUUAUACCCUUUGGUUCUGGUCGUAGAAUGUGCCCUGCUAUGCCUCUUGCUUCUCGUGUACUGCCCUUCACGUUAGGGUCACUUCUACUUUCAUUCGAUUGGGUCUUGCCUAAUGAGCUUAAACCUAAUGCCAUAGACAUGAGUGAAAGAAUGGGGAUAACACUAAGGAAAUCUAUUCCCUUGAAAGCUAUACCAAUUCCUCUCAAGAGGUGUUGCGUUGAUUAAAGUUCUUCUACUGCCUUUAAAAUAUGAAUCGUUACUUGCUACCCUACUGUGUAAUUUAAAUCUUUAUUCAAUAAUGUUAUGUGUAUAGUAUGAAGAUAAAUGUAUUAUAUGCUUUGAGUUUCCUCACCUUAAAAGGGGAGUCUUUUCUUUUUCAUUUUUUCUUUUUAUGUUAGUUGAUAAA